AAGCGUUUAGAUACAGAACAUUUACACUGAGCGGAAGGUAGAAACGGCGAGCUUUAUUACGGCAUUCGGUAAACUGAAUUCUUACGCUAAACUUAAAACGCAUCACUUGCAGCAGAAAAACGGGUAGAAUAAGGAACUUUUUCUUGUGUUGCGUUCCACCUUUUUGACCAGAAUGGAGAUUGAAAUUAAACGCUUAAUGAAGAACGUGUGAAUGACAGUGCCCCAUUGACAGACCGGGAUAUCCAGACGACACACUGACGCAUGGGGAGAUCCAGUCACUGACUGUAGCCAGCAAUGGAGGACCCAGACAGGCAGUAGCCACUGAUGGGGAGCCGCUGCAGUGGAGCCGGAGCCGAGUCAGUGUGCCUUCUGUAGAGAUGAAUACAGGAAGUGGAACUCUUCCCUACUCUGCCCACCACCCUGCCAGCAUGACCCGAGUCCUUUGCCUGGUCUGAACCCACCCUGUGCCCCUGUUGGCAGCAUGACCCUGAUGGACUACAGGUACAGCCUGCUUAGCUCUGUGGUGGAGGACCACAGGAAAAGGCCUCUCCCCCUGGGAGAUGCCCCCGUGGACUUGCUGGCUGUGCCGGAGGUGAAGAGGGAUCACCUUUGGCACCGGGGCGUGACGGCCUGUUUCGGGAAGGCCAAGCUCUACAGCUUCCUCUUCCUGCUGACCAUCAUGUUCCUGAUCACAGCCUCGUACGUACUGACAGAGGAGAAGAAGGGCCUCCUGCUGACGCCCUCUCCUUACCGGAUCAGAUCUAUAGCCCAGCCGGGACCCUUCUCCUACAACCUGACCUCUGCCAAGGACUACGCCAACAUUAAACUGGUGGUGAAGACCAUAGUGUCCAAGGUGGAUUUCAGCUCCAGACGGGUUCCAGAACUGAAGGACCUGGUGCACAACGAGCCACAUAUGUUUUCGGUCAUACCCCAAAAAUUCCUCCCCCACAUUAAGAACCCGUGCUGGUACGAGGAGCACUCUGGGAAUAUAACCGCAGACCCUUACAGGAAGAACCUGUAUGCCCUAUAUUCGCGGCGUUUCCGAACCGUGUGCGACUACCUGAGGAAGGCCUUCAGGGAGCACCUGUAUUACCGAGGGGGGCGGUGCUACCGUCUACGCUGCCUGCCUUACUUCUACAUCAUUGGUCAGCCAAAGUGUGGCACCACAGACCUGUACGACAGGCUCAAGCUGCAUCCUGACGUCAGGUUCACCACCAUGAAAGAACCACACUGGUGGACAAGGAAGCGGUUUGGUGUUGUGCGUCUGAGCGAGGGCUUCCACGAUCGCUACCCUGUGGAGGAUUACCUGGAUCUCUUUGAUCUGGCAGCGUACCAGAUCCAGGAUCAUUUACCAGGAAACACCUCCAGGAACCAGAGGCACAACAUUAUCACAGGAGAGGCCAGCGCAUCGACGCUAUGGGACAACAACGCCUGGGUCUAUUUCUAUGACAACGGCACAGACGGGGAGCCUCCGUUUCUGAUCCAGGACUUCGUCCACGCGGUUCAGCCGGACGCCAAGUUCAUCGUGAUGCUGCGGGAUCCCGUGGAGAGGCUGUACUCUGACUACCUCUACUUCAGCAUCGCCAACAAGUCCGCUGAGGACUUCCACGAGAGAGUCUCGGAGUCUCUGCAGCUGUUCGAGGGGUGCCUGGCGGAGUUCUCAAUGCGUUCCUGUGUGUAUAACACCACCCUGAACAACGCCAUGCCUGUACGGCUGCAGGUGGGCUUAUACAUUGUGUACAUCCUGGACUGGCUGACUGUUUUCAAAAGGGAUCAGAUCCUGGUGCUCCGUCUGGAGGACCACGCCACCAACCGGAAAUACACAAUGCACAAAGUCUUUGACUUCCUCAGUCUGGGGCCCUUGACAGAACAGAAAGAGGCUGAGAUCACCAGGAGCCCAGCAUCCAACACCAGGAGGCCUGCUGACAAGAGCCUGGGGCCCAUGCUGCCCAUCACCAAGGAGAUCCUGAGAGACUUCUACUCCCCUUUCAACCAGAAACUGGCCAAAGUGCUCAACAAUGACUCUUUCAUGUGGGAAAACCAUGCAAAACUCAUGUAAACUGUUCCCACACUAAUCCAUUGCCACUGAAAGGAAUUAUUUUCUUUUUGUAACAUCAAA